GGAAGCCGAGCGCCGGACUUUGACAGGGAAGCGGAGAGAGCGAGGGACUCGCGGCGGGAAUUUCAGAGCGGGCGGAAGGAAGCGAGCGAGCAGAGGAGGGAAGCAGGGAGGUAUAUUACAGAAGUAAAAACAAAAUUUAGAAUAUGCCUAAGAAAGCAGCUGGGAAAAGAGGCCCUCCAAAACGGAAACUUGCAGAAGAAUUUCCCCCAGGAGAAGUUUUUACUGACCUAACAAAGAAAGAUUGGAAGCUUGGUCCGGUUAUAGGCAAAGGUGGUUUUGGCUGCCUCUAUCUUGCUGAUGUUAAUUCUUCAAAAUCAGUCACCAGUGAUGCACCCUAUGUUAUAAAAGUGGAACCCAGUGACAAUGGACCACUCUUUACAGAACUGAGUUUCUACACACGAACUGCUAAACCUGACCUAAUUAAGAAAUGGAUUUCUUCUCACAAACUGAAAUACUUAGGUGUACCCAAGUACUGGGGUUCUGGCUUGCAUCAAAAGAACGGCAAAAGCUACAGAUUUAUGGUAAUGGACAGAUUUGGGAAAGAUCUCCAGAAGAUUUUUGAAGAGAGAGGAAAGCACUUUACCCGCAAAACAGUAUUACUGUUGGGCUUGAGAAUACUUGAUGUUUUAGAAUACAUUCAUGAACAUGAAUAUGUGCAUGGAGACAUCAAGGCCUCAAAUCUUCUCCUGGGCUACAAGGCUCCACAUCAGGUGUACUUGGUGGAUUAUGGCCUCGCCUAUCGAUACUGUCCAGAAGGCAACCACAAAGAUUAUAAAGAGAAUCCCAAGAGGUGUCAUGAUGGAACUCUUGAAUUCACUAGUAUUGAUGCUCACAAGGGGGUGGCUCCAUCAAGGCGUGGUGACUUGGAAAUUCUGGGUUAUUGUAUGAUCUGUUGGCUUUGUGGUAAACUCCCUUGGGAAGACAACCUGAAAGACCCCAAUUAUGUCAAAGACUCAAAAAUUAGGUAUACAGAUAAUAUUGCAGACUUGAUGAGUGAGUGUUUCUCUAAAAAAGAUAAACCAGAUGAAAUAGCCAAAUACAUGGAAACAGUGAUGUCUCUGACUUAUGCUGAGAAACCACCAUACGAGCAGUUACGAGAAAUACUUCUUCGGGGUCUCAAGGACAUUGGUCAGAAGGAUGAUGGUAUACUGGACUUGGAUGUUUCAGAGAAUGGAGACAUUCCAGCAAAGCCUGCACUUAAGACGAAAAGAAAACCAGUUGCUGCCUCAGAGCCGGCCUCUACUGAUGAAGACAACAACGAAACAGCUGUAGAAGAUGCGAAAAACAUCAAAAGAAGAAGACGUGCUACCUCUAAGGCAGGAGCCACGAAACCCAAGGCACUGAAGACCCCUCCCAAAGCCAAGAAAACCUUGACCCCCAGGAAGAGGACCCAGAAAUAGGAAAGUCUAAAUGAUGAGUGCUUGCUGCUUUUUACUAGUUACUAUUCUUUUCCCAGUAAUCAUGGGCUUUCCCCUUUUUCUGUAUGUGUUUAGCCUAUAGGCAGUCAUAAUGCGGCACUGCAUUAUGUAGCUGAAACUGGAAAGGGGGUAUUUUAAGCUUUUAUGUACAGUUUAUUACUAGUACAGAAAUUUUCAAAAAAUCUUGAAUGGCUGUUUUUGCACUUGCUCGUUUAACUGUUUAGUUUAUGUCAAACUUGAAUAAAAAUAAAGUCACAA